CUGAUUCAGCCUAUUGAUCAGUAGUUUAAUACAGAUCAAGUUGUGACUUUACUUUGUGACAAAUGGAUUAAAAAACUUGUACUGAAAUCAUUUGAAAGGAAUGUAGAUUACAGUCAAACAUUGGUGCUGAUUAACUUUGUCCAAAUAGACUCACAAUUUCUGCAGAUUUGUGAGCCAAAAAUUUCCCAAAGCAGGCAUUCGUCCCUCGUCUCGCUGUAAAGCAUGCUGUUUUCCCGCAGAUUGUCUUAUCAGGGCUUGGCAUAGCUGCACCCUGGAACAGCUGAUGGGAGGAGUCAACUCAACUGAACUGAACCUUUUAUGUUUUGUCAAAAGAGCCUUCAAACUGUCACUUUUUUUUGCACCAGCAGGUCCAAAGAUAUGUAAUUUUCUAGAGAUGGUGUGUGUGAAGGCGUUCUGUGACUUGACGGUUUAUCCAAACACAAGUUGAAUUUUUGCAGCAAAAACUUCUCCUGAAUGUGUUCAACAACCAACUAUGUUCUCCCUCUGAGGAGAACGUGUGAGGUAGUGCCCUCUCCCAGCAGGCUGUGUGGGGGGGUGUCCAUGCCAGCCAAUUUCUCUGGAGUCCGAUCUCAUGGAGCUCCACAGGACACAGAAAUGGAUGUGGCUUGGCAGGAAUUGAUGGCCAUCACCGAGUUGCAGGGGUUUGAAGUACCAAGUGAUGGCUCAUAUGAAUCAACACAAUAUCAAACCAUGCAACCCAUGGCCCCUGGAGGAGAGUAUGCAAUGAGUCAGCCCCACUCUGAACCACUUCCUGCUGUUUGUGAGCUGAGCACUGCUGAAACUUACGAAGGAUCUUACACUGAAGAGGUGACUGCCAGCCAUCGUCUGGGCAACAUUCAGCCAUUGUAUGGAAAUUCAGUAUCUCAGCUGAGUCAGAGAAUGCUCCCAGUCUCUUCUCACACUCAGCCAUCUCUCAUCAACAUGUCAGGUACCAGUUUGGGGCACAGGAGGACAAACAGCUCUCUCUCUCAGGGCUUAAGUCGCCACAUGCUGUGGACUACACUUAGCCAAAGUGUGCAGGCUCAUUCUGCUGAUGACCUAGAAUCAGACUCUGGUCUGUCUUUGGGAUCCAGCCCCCCUUUAGCCUCCCCAGACAAUCCUGUUAGUUGUGCACCAGGUUACCAGAAUGUCGACAUAGGAAUGACGUGCAGUGAUGGUGAAGCAGACAGCAUGACUGAGCAUGCCAUGAGAGGGCAUUAUUCUAUGGACUAUCAGAGUCAGCCUCACUCAUAUUUACAACCAGGUGCACAUACAUCCUACUUCCCACCUCAACCCAUUUUCUCCCACUCACAAUCUUGCGCUUUGGCAUCUCAGCCAGUCAAAAGGCAGAGUCCAGCUGAUCUAUGCAACAAUGCUGCCAUGACCAGCAGAGGGAGCUCACAGUACAACAUGUAUUCAAAGCCACAAGGAGGAACUCCCGCCCCUAUUCCACUGAGCAGGGAUGAGAGACGGGCCAAGGCUUUGAAGAUCCCUUUCCCAAUGGAUAAGAUAAUCAAUCUACCUGUGGAUGACUUCAACGAACUCCUGACACAGUACACUCUGACAGAUACUCAACUUGCACUAGUCAGAGAUAUUAGAAGGAGAGGGAAAAACAAGGUGGCAGCUCAGAAUUGCAGGAAGAGGAAGUUGGAGAGUAUAAUUCAUCUCGAAAGAGAACUGAGCCAGCUGCAGGCCCAAAGGGAACACCUGGCACAGGAACGGCUUGAGUUCCAACGCAGCCUGGCUUUUGUCAAGCGCCGCUUUACAGACCUCUAUGCAGAAGUAUUUUCUCACUUACGGGAUGAAGAUGGACAACCUUACUCAACAGAUGAAUAUUCUCUACAACAGACACCUGAUGGUAAAAUUUAUCUGGUACCUCAUACAAUGGAAAAGAGAGCUCAAUGCUGAAAAUCUGUCUUGUUUUACACUAGUGUGCUACAUACUGUGCCAACUUAAACAUGUAAUUUUUUGGUUGUUCAUUUGGUUAUAACUUAACUCUUGUGUUAAACAUGCCAUACAUGUACCAAAACACUUCAUAUUGCUUCAAAUGAGACACCAUUUUUUAUAGAAAAAUACUUUAUUAAAAAAUAAAUAAAAAAAAAAAAACACUGCAUUGCAGUCUUCAAGUUUAAAAUACUCCAUUAGGAAUGACGUUCAAACCUGUGAAGAAUGAGAUUUUGUUUUUAAAAGCAAAUAAAGUGCCAAAAAAUUAUGAAACAUUUUGCUCUGUACCUGACUGAAGGUUCUU